GCCGAGUCUUGCAAUCCCAAUUGAACAAAUGUGGAUUAAUUGUAGCCUUCUCGCUCUCUCCCUGCUGUUGUCCAACCCAGAUAUUUAGAUGUUGGUGACGAGGAAUAAGAAGAUCCACAGCGGGCUCAGGCUGAUAUUUAAUAUUUAUUUGACUAAAUAUACCUUGGUCGCCGCGCUAACUUUAGUCAACUUUUCCCCCCAUCCCAUCCCCCUCAGCGUUUGGUCAGGAACACGACAGGACAGAGAUCAUCAUCAUUCUCUCAUUGCGGGAGAAAACACACCACCCAACCCCCAAAUCUGCCGCGUUUCCCUCGUGCUGAAGCGGUGUUUGCUCAGCUUUGCGUAUUGCUACCCCCAUUAGCUAAAUAACGGCUGGACAACGCUCAACUCCAACGCCCAACCACCCGCCACGCAAGACAUCAUCCAUCCCUCUUCCCCGCCAUCGUGCCCGUACCCCGGAGCUUCCAUAUCCGCCCUUUGCCUUUGCAUUCUUAUACUAAGGGGCGACUUGGUCGCCGCUGAUUGCCGUCGAGGAACAUGGCAGUCAACAGAAUAAGGGGCGCUUUCACUGCGCCUCGGAAGGGAGAAACCUUUGAACUGAGAGCUGGGCUUGUGUCUCAAUAUGCUUGGGAAAGAAAGGAAUCCAUCCAGAAGACCAUCAUGGCCAUGACUUUAGGCAAAGAUGUGUCUGCGCUCUUUCCAGACGUCCUGAAAAACAUUGCAACCAAUGAUCUGGAUCAGAAAAAGCUUGUCUACCUUUAUCUUAUGAAUUAUGCCAAAUCACACCCCGACCUAUGUAUCCUCGCCGUGAACACGUUCGUCCAGGACUCGGAAGACCCGAACCCUCUCAUACGAGCGCUUGCCAUCCGUACAAUGGGUUGUAUUCGGGUGGAAAAAAUGAUCGACUACUUGGAGGAGCCCUUGUGGAAAACGCUGCGGGACGAGUCCCCCUAUGUCCGUAAAACGGCUGCAAUCUGCGUAGCUAAACUGUUCGAUCUCAAUCCCACCCUCUGCUUAGAGAACGGUUUCUUGGAGAGGCUGCAAGAAUUGAUCGGAGAUCCCAACCCCAUGGUUGUAGCCAACUGCGUCACCGCUCUGGCAGAGAUCAGCGAAACGGCUCCAGAGACGAAAGCCUUGCAUAUCACGCCAAAUACACUGAGGAAAAUGCUUAUGGCCCUGAACGAGUGUACAGAAUGGGGCAGGGUUUCCAUUCUGAAUAGCCUGGCGGAUUAUAGAACGACAGAUGUGAAGGAGGCGGAGAAUAUAUGCGAGCGGGUUGCUCCUCAGUUCCAGCAUAUCAAUGCCAGUGUGGUUCUUGCCGCUGUGAAAGCUGUCUUUUUGCAUAUGAAAAUUAUUAAUCCGGACACUGCUAAAUCAUACUUGAAGAAGAUGGCGCCCCCGCUAGUUACCCUCGUCUCCUCCGCCCCGGAAGUUCAGUACGUUGCUCUGCGAAAUAUCGACCUUCUCCUCCAAAGCAAGCCCAACAUCCUUGACAAGGAGCUCCGUGUCUUUUUUUGCAAAUAUAAUGAUCCGCUGUACGUCAAAUUCCAGAAACUAGACAUCAUGGUUCGGAUCGCGAACGACCGGAAUGUAGACCAGCUUCUCGCGGAAUUAAAGGAAUAUGCCCUCGAGGUCGAUAUGGAUUUUGUCCGACGUGCUGUCAGAGCCAUCGGGCAAACAGCAAUUAAAAUCGGGACCGCGACGGAGAAAUGUGUUUCCACGUUGCUUGACCUGAUUAACACCAAAGUGAACUACGUCGUCCAGGAAGCCAUUGUUGUCAUCAGAGACAUAUUUCGCAAGUACCCUGGUUAUGAGGGUAUUAUUCCUACUCUGUGCCAGUGUAUCGACGAGCUGGAUGAACCCAAUGCUCGAGGGGCAUUGAUAUGGAUCGUGGGCGAGUAUGCAGACAAAAUUAGCAAUGCAGGUGAUAUCCUAGCAGGCUUCGUGGAUGGUUUUAAUGAAGAGUUCACCCAGACCCAACUUCAAAUAUUAACGGCUGUAGUUAAACUAUUCCUAAAACGGCCGGAGAAAGCUCAAGGCCUCGUUCAAAAGGUCCUUCAGGCAGCAACGGCCGAGAAUGACAAUCCAGAUAUUAGAGACCGGGCAUAUGUAUACUGGCGACUCCUUUCCAACACUACCGACCCAUAUGCCGCAAAGAAUGUUGUCCUGUCAGAAAAACCUCCUAUUGUUACAACUAUCCAAUCCCUACCCCCCGCACUGCUUGAACGACUUCUCACGGAACUAUCAACACUCGCGUCCGUCUAUCACAAACCCCCAGAGCAAUUCGUUGGCGAAGGCAAAUAUGGAGCCGAUGCUGUUCAAAAGGCUGCCAUUGAGGAACAACUCCAAAAUGCACGAGAAAACCCAUUGGCGGCCGCCGCAGCGGCAGCUGCGGUUUCCGGAACGGCUGCUCCAGCACAACAAACCAACAUAGAGAGCCUGCUGGAUAUCGACUUCGACGGUACGGCGCCUGCGUCUGCGCAGAAAGAGCCGCCUAGCGGGAUGUCCGGGCUCGAGGGGCUGGCUGGAACACCUGUUCGCGUUCAAUCACCCGCUGCUGGUGUACCACCACCGUCCAGUAACAAUCUUGAAGAUCUGAUGGGCGUAUUUGGAAGCGGGCCAGAUGCGGGCGGCAUGACUUCUGCUGGAGGACUGGGAUCGCAGAACGGCAGCAGUAAUGCUGAUCUCAUGAAUGGCUUUGCGGGCUUGGAUCUUACGGGGUCGACAAGUAGGCCUACGCCUCCUCUGGCGUCUGGGACGACGACAAGCAAGAAUAACCAAGAUAUUUUGGAUUUAUUUUAGCGAAGUGGAUGGGAUUGGGCCCUAAUGCUGGUGGGGUAGGAAGGGAAGAGGAGAGGAGAGGAGAGGAGAGGAAAG